AGCUAGGCCACGCCGUUUGUCAAGCGUUGACAAUUUGACGCUCUGCACAGAGAAUCAUCCUUGAAUAGCACAAAGAACAAAAGCAACAACUCGGCUAGCUCGCAGCAAGGAUUAAGCGAGCUAGUGUGAGCGAGAGAGAGAGCGCGCAAUAGUAGACAGAGCCAAAGUACUCUGAGAUAGACAAAAGCUGAGAGCUACAAGCACAAGCAUGCAACACAUUAUGAAUCUGGCAACGCUGCUGCUGGUGGCAGCCGGCCUGCUGCUCGUCCAGGCGGACAGCUCGCAACACAUGGCGAACAACGGAGGGGGCGGACACAUGGGCAUGGGCGGCAUGGGUGGCAUGGGCGGCAUGGGCUCACACUCGAUGGACGUGAGUCCAGCGCCCGGCUAUGGGGUGCCGGCAAUACCCAAGGAUCCCAAUUCGCGCUGCGAACAGAUCACGAUACCCAUGUGCCGGGGCAUCGGCUACAAUAUGACGGCGUUUCCCAACGACAUGAAUCACGAGACCCAGGACGAGGCGGGCCUGGAGGUGCACCAGUUCUGGCCGCUGGUGGAGAUCAAGUGCUCGCCGGACCUCAAGUUCUUCCUGUGCAGCAUGUACACGCCCAUCUGCCUGGAGGAGUACCACAAGCCGUUGCCCGUCUGCCGCAGCGUCUGCGAGCGUGCGCGCUCCGGCUGUGCGCCCAUCAUGCAGCAGUACAGCUUCGAGUGGCCCGAGCGCAUGGCCUGCGAGAAUCUGCCGCUGCACGGCGAUCCCGACAAUCUGUGCAUGGAGCAGCCAUCGUAUACGGAGCCGGGCAGCGGCUCGGGCGGCAGCGGUGGUGCGGGCUCGGGUGGAUCGGGCUCCGGUUCGGGUGGCAAGCGCAAGCAGGGCGGCAGCAGCGGCUCGGGCGGUUCCUCGACGACGUCCAACAAGUGCAAGGGCAAGAAUUCAAAAAACUGCCAAAAUCCCCUAGGAGAAAAGGCAAACGGAAAGGAGUGCACAUGCUCGUGCCGUUCACCGCUGAUCGUCCUGGGGAAGGAGCAGCUCAUGCAGCAGUCGCCCAUGAUGCACCAUCACUGGUACAUGAACCUAACUGUGCAAAGGAUCGCCGGCGUACCAAACUGCGCCAUUCCAUGCAAGGGCCCGUUCUUCACCAACGACGAAAAGGACUUCGCCGGCCUGUGGAUCGCCCUGUGGUCAGGCCUAUGCUUCUGCAGCACCCUCAUGACCCUAACCACAUUCAUCAUCGACACCGAAAGGUUUAAGUAUCCCGAACGUCCCAUUGUCUUCCUCUCCGCCUGCUAUUUCAUGGUCGCCGUCGGCUAUCUCUCGCGCAACUUCCUCCAGAACGAGGAGAUCGCCUGCGACGGGCGACUGCUGCGCGAGAGCUCGACGGGCCCGCACUCCUGCACCCUGGUCUUUCUGCUCACCUACUUCUUUGGCAUGGCCUCGUCCAUCUGGUGGGUCAUCCUCAGCUUCACCUGGUUCCUGGCCGCUGGCCUGAAGUGGGGCAACGAGGCGAUAACGAAGCACUCGCAGUACUUCCAUUUGGCUGCCUGGCUCAUACCCACGGUCCAGUCUGUGGCCGUGCUCCUGCUCUCGGCCGUCGAUGGGGAUCCCAUUCUGGGCAUUUGCUACGUGGGCAACCUGAAUCCGGACCAUCUGAAGACCUUCGUGCUGGCACCGCUGUUCGUGUACCUCGUCAUUGGCACCACCUUCCUCAUGGCUGGCUUCGUCUCGCUCUUCCGGAUUCGCUCGGUGAUCAAGCAGCAGGGCGGCGUUGGCGCUGGCGUCAAGGCCGACAAGCUGGAGAAGCUAAUGAUCCGCAUCGGCAUCUUCUCGGUGCUGUACACCGUGCCGGCGACAAUUGUCAUCGGCUGCUACCUGUACGAGGCGGCCUACUUCGAGGACUGGAUCAAGGCUCUGGCCUGCCCCUGCGCCCAGGUCAAGGGGCCCGGCAAGAAGCCCCUCUACUCUGUGCUCAUGCUCAAGUACUUCAUGGCUCUGGCGGUGGGCAUCACCUCGGGUGUGUGGAUCUGGUCGGGCAAGACACUGGAGAGCUGGCGUCGCUUCUGGCGCCGCCUGUUCGGGGCACCGGAUCGCACCGGCGCCAACCAGGCACUGAUUAAGCAACGGCCACCCAUUCCCCAUCCGUAUGCGGGCUCCGGCAUGGGCAUGCCCGUUGGCUCGGCGGCUGGCUCGCUGCUGGCCACGCCCUACACACAGGCCGGCGGCGCCUCGGUGGCAUCCACCAGCCACCACCACUUGCACCACCACGUUCUCAAGCAGCCAGCGGCCAGCCAUGUAUGACAUGGAGAGUCGGGAGGAGCUUCA